GCGCCCCAAGUUGAACUUGUACUCUUCUGCCUGCAUCUGCCCGUCCGUCGCGCUCAGCGCAUCCACUCUCUUUCCCUGUCCUUCCUUCAUCCUGUCCUUCCUUCAUCCACUCUUUGCAUCGCUGACGUUCGCUUGCUACGGUCCACUCACGCACCAUGCACUCACUCGCACUCUUUCAGUUCGUCUUCACUGUCGCCGCACUACUCAGCACCGUACACGCUGCUCCCGUCCCCUCGCCCUUCCGUCACGCGUCGAAAGCGUCUGCCUUGAAGGCUGCUAAGCGCGACGACUCUGGCAAGCUCGUCGUCGCUCAUGUUCUCGUCGGAAACGUAUACCCGUACACCAUCGACAACUGGACCUCUGACAUCCAGCUGGCGUACGACAAUGGUAUCGACGGCUUUGCGCUGAAUGUUGGCUCUGACUCUUGGCAACCCGACCGCGUCGCCGACGCGUACCAAGCUGCGUCGAACCUCGGGCUCGACUUCAAGCUCUUCAUGUCCUUCGACAUGACGGUCCUUCCCUGCACACAAGCCUCCGACGCCUCCACGCUCACAAACUACAUCACUACGUACGCCAGCCACCCGAACCAGCUCCUCGUCAACGGCCAGGUCUUCGCGUCCACCUUCUCCGGCUCCGACUGCACCUUCGGCCAAGGCUCGGCUGCCGAGGGCUGGAACUCUCAGUUUAUCAGCCAGCUCACCGGCCAGAACGCGGUGCACUUCGUGCCGUCGUUCUUCUCCGAUCCGAGCACCUACAGCGAGUUCGACGGCGUCAUGGACGGCACGUUCAACUGGAACAGUGGCUGGCCUGUCUCGCUGACUGUCCAGAGUGCGCAGAGCGCGAUCUCCGGUUUGGCGUCUGCCCUCGGCGACGGAACCUUCGCAAACGCGAUCCAGUCCGCGCUCAACUCGACCAUCGGCACGUUCUCGACCGACCAGACCUACAUCAGCGGGAUGAACUCGCUCUCGAGCAGCAGCAAGACGUACAUGGCCGCCAUCAGCCCGUGGUUCUUCACUCACUACCCGCAGAGCUCCUUCAACAAGAACUGGCUCUACUUGAUGGACUACCAGGGAUACAACUCGCGCUGGGACACAGUCAUCGCCAACCGCGACAGCGUUGACAUUGUUGAAAUCGUCACCUGGAACGAUUACGGCGAGUCGUCCUACAUCGGUCCUAUUGAGGGUGCGCAGCCUGCCGGCACGACCUGGGCUACUGGCUUCGACCACUCUGGCUGGCUCGCGAUGACCAAGUACUACGCUACCGCUUUCAAGACAGGUUCAUACCCUGCCAUCACGCAGGACCAGCUCUUCAUGUGGGCGCGCCCGCACCCGAAGAACGCGCAAGCGUCGAACGACGGCACCGGCCAGCCGACCAGCUACCAGCUCACGGAAGACUCGCUCUGGGCCGUCGCCUUCACGACGCAGCCCGCGACGGUCUCGAUCACCACCGCCUCCGGGACCACGCAGACGACGGACGUGCCCGCGGGCGUGACGCGCCUCUCGAUGCCGCUCAACCCCGGCGCGGGCAUGUCCGCGACGAUGACGCGCAACGGCGCGACCGUGCUGAGCGUGAACCCGGGCACCGACGCGUACACGUUCAACCCGAACCCCGAGACGUACAACUUCAACGCGUUCGUGGCGUACGCGACAGCGAACUCGACUUCCUCGUGAACACAUCCUACUGCCUGCG